AUGUUCGGAAUGAGGUUCGGAUUAGGAGAUCAGCAAUCAGUUCAGGGAAUGAUCAAUCGUCCAACAAUUACCAUCAUUCUCUCACUUGAUUUCCAGAUAACAAGUGUGUCUGAUGAGGUAAUGGUGUUGUGGGGAUUUGAACCAAAGGCUUUUGUGGGUCGUUGUCUAUCUGACCUGGUGGCUGAAGAUCAUGGCAGACUAAGCCAUCUUCAGCACUGCCUAACAGACCGGACGGAUUUGCACACUCGGACCUUUUCUGACCAGCUAGUGUGCUUUGAUAAGCAAUGGGAUGUGGUUAUGAGGAGGGAAUUGGAUAUGAUCGAAUCAAAGUGGCGGCAGAGUGCACUUCAAUGCUCGUCGCGUAGAGUAUCCAGUCCAGCCCUUGUCCUUCCACUGUCUGUGCGCCCCUUGAUCUUGCACGCGUCAUCUUGCCAUUCCGGCUUAUCGCCCGCCACUCUGUCUUCUCGGCCGCUUGCAGCAAAUGGAAUCCUGAGUGGGUCUAAUGCAGGAAGGCCUCCGCCUCUGGAAUCAUUGUUGCCUGACAAGCCAAGGCUUUUCUAUCCUGCAAGGGAUCUAAUAAGAAACACCCAAAAAUAG